UUACUUGUUCAUUCUCUCAUUCAUUCUUUUCUUCCUUUUUUGCGAAAUUAUUGUAGAUUCUCUCUACUGAGUAGUGACCAUUUCCAUCUCUCUUUCUCUGUUACGUUUUGCAUUAUAUUUUCCCUUCUUGAUUUUCCAUUUUUCUUGUUAUCAAGCAAACACCUAUUUUUAGCUUUCUAUAACCAAGCCAGCCAUUUCUUUUUCUCUCUCUCUUUCUUUCUUUGUGGCUUUCGGUUCUCUUUCUUAUUCUGGAUUUUUGGAGGAGCUUCUUUCAUGCAUGCAUGCACGCUGGUUCUUGUUACAACUUGAUCUUGCUUUUGCUCUUUUCAAUAAUCACGUUAUCUCUUUAGAUUCCCGGGGACAAAAGAAAAAAGAAUGCUUGAGAGGAUGUUCAAGAAGAAAGUCUAUUCAAAAUGCAAAGCUUAUGCGAGAUUAACAAGGACGAGAUUAGAGACCAUACGGAAGAAGAGGAACGCAGUUGAGAAGUUUCUUAAGAAGGACAUUGUAGACCUUCUUAGCAGCAACCUUGACUACAAUGCAUAUGGAAGGGCUGAGGGGCUUUUGGUGGAGCAGAAUAUGUCAUCUUGCUAUGAACUAAUUGAAAAAUACAUUGAAUGCAUUUUGGAUCAUGCUAAAGAACUUUAUGAUCAGGGAGAUUGCCCUGAGGAAUGCAAGGAAGCUAUACCUUCAUUGAUAUAUGCUGCAGCAAGGUUUUCUGAUCUGCCAGAACUGCGCGACCUCAGAACUUUGUUUACAGCCAAAUAUGGUGCUUCCCUUGAACCAUACCUAAGUAAAGAGUUUGUUAAAAAGUUGAGGAAAGAUCCCCCUUCAAAGGAAAUGAAGAUUCAGUUAUUGAGUGAUUUAGCAGAAGAGUUCUCUAUACGAUUUGAUAGCAAGGCUUUAGAACAAAAACUUCAAUCACUACCACCACUUUCUGUGUCACAUGAAUUUCAGGGAAAGGCAAAAGAUGAUGCAGGAAAUAAUGAUACUGAGAAGAGUAAUGAUGGCAGCAAAAUCUCUAAUAAUAAGGGUUCGGAUGAAGAUGGUAGCAACAAGAGGAGGACAUUGUCCUUUAAUGUUGUACCACCACCUUAUUAUGUGACAGAAAAAAACAAUGCAGAAAACAUCAUGGUGUAUAAUAAUAAUAAUAAUAACAACACAGCAACAGCAGUAGCAACGAGUGAAAAGGAUUCAUCAAAGCCAAAACCAAGAUCAAUGAGGAGGAUCAAGCCUAAUCCGCCACCGUAUGAUAAUGGGCAGAGCAUGAUAAGAAGAACGAUAUCGGAUUCAUGUGACACUAAAACAGAAACAACAACUACUUCAAAUUCAGUGGGAAGAUCAACUUCUUUGAGUUCUCAUCCAAGGCUACCCGAUUAUGAUGACAUUUCUGCUCGUCUUGCAGCUCUUAGACGCGCACAUAACCAUUAGGAUAUACAUUUUUUGAUGCGUGUGUUAGACUUCACAUACUAAAUGCAACAAAUUAUGAUGCUCAAAUUAUAGAUGCAGGAUUUAAUGUUGAUCUAUUACUAUUACUAUUAGUGUAUACUUUUCUUCCCCACAAAUUAUCAAG